GCUUGGUAGGAGGACCUGUGGCUCAUUUACAUGCAUAUGUUAUAAGAAGAGAUUAGGGGGUCCUCCUGUUCUAAUAGGGAUUUUCUUCUAAACCUUUUCACUCUCCCCACCCUCCCACACACAUUAGAUCCACGACUUUUAUGACAGAUUCUGGAAUAAGAUCUGCAAAGGUGGGCAAACUUCAGGGCUGAGACCCUUCUCCCAGAGCUUUGUGCAAAAGCCAUACACUUUAAAAAGAAUUCUGAGCCCAGGAUAUGCCAGGACUGAAUAAGUGGGAUUUUUACACGUAAAUCCACCCCUGGUUUAACAAAGCUGUCUUCAUUUCAAAAACAUAGGUAGGGGAAGAUGGAAUAAAUUUAUGGGCCACUAUUUGCAAAAGUUUGAAAUUUCUGCAAAGCAAUAGAACAUAAAGCAGUAGGUCCAAAUCUUUUUCACCACUCCUGGAAAAGACCCUAAUGGUAAAUGCAUUAUCCAGGAGUAUCAGUGAGUUGAGAGCUGCAGCAACCUUCAUGAGUCUCACACUGCUCUUUGAACCCCCCCCCCCCGUCCAGUUACAUCUGAUUGUCUGAUGUUCAUUGGAUGCUGGAUCCAUGGUGCAAUCUUAAACAUGUUUACUCGGAGUUGAAUGUGUUCAUUAUUACUUAAUCCAAGAUUACAAAAUGGCUUCCACAAGUGAAAUUCUUCAGAGUUAUUGGGACAUGUUUGCUCAUCGAUAUACUUCAGAAGACAAGGAAUAUCAGAAGUAUGUCCAACGCCCUGCAGAUCCACCUCCCAUACUAGAAGGCUGGUCAAACAGUGAACCCACCAUAUCUGAAAUCCUUCAGAAGUAUGAACAGAUGUUUGCACAUCGAUUUACUUCCAAAGAUGAGGAAUAUACGAAAUACAUUCAGCGCCCAGCAGAUCCUCCUCCCGUAAUAGAAGGAUGGAGAAACAGGUCAGCUGGCAACCAGCGACACAGAGAGAGAUUCAGAGACAGCAGACAAUUUACAGGCAGAGGAAACAGAUAUGACCAUCAGGGAGGCUCUAGAUCCAGUCAUUGGCAAGAAAGAGGCUGGGGGAACACCUCCCAACACCACAGACACGGACAGCCUUCCUACUUCCAGCAUGGACACGGACCACAAUACGGUUCCCAUUUUCAGGGCUCACAGUAUGGCUAUUAUUAGUGUGGCAAGGUGCAUUGAAUGACUGUAUAAUAACCGGCUUUCAGUCUGUCCAAUGUAAACUUUUCCUUUAUUCAGUGUUAGAUUUUUAUAUGUUAUGCAGGAAGAAUGUGUUUUGUGUGUUUUUUAAAAAAAUACAUCUUGAUAUAUUUCUGUAGUGUAUGUUCAUUGAAAGGAGGCAUGAGAUGGUAAAAUUAAAAUACCAAAUGGAAACUUGCUACCUCGCAUUCCUUUGCAACUCUAGCAUAUCACUUGUACAUGGCUGGAGGAAGGAAGAACUAUGCUUUGUACAAGAAGUGGCAAUAACCCUCAGCAAAGCCCAGCUGUUCUUCCUGAAAUUCUGUCCCACACCAUUGUGUUGCUAAACAGUAGAUGAAUGAUAAACGUCAGUAUUAGACCAUGAUAGAAAUGCAGGUUGCAUUUUCAGUUGUAUUUUGUUAUACUGCUUAUACAUAGGCUCAUGGCUUUCCAGCUUAUUUCUGAAGCUUUUUAAAAUCCUUGUGGCAUUGUUGGUUUUACUUAGUUAAAUUCACACGUAACUGAGUUAAAAUGUUAAGGGGUAAAUAGUAAUAAAAAUGCAGUAUUUACUUUGUCCUUUUAAUGCAAGAUUCAGUAUAAUUAAAUAGUGUCCUCUAAAUGGCAUCUUGUUCCUGCUAUCUGGCUCCUUACUAAAUUGGUCAUCAUGAUGUACAGUGUGGGCUGAUUUCAUGAUAUUCUGGAUUUAUUUAUGAAUGACUCUGGUCUAAUGGGGACGUGAAAGUGUUCUGUUUAGAUUCACAAAUAAAAGCGGAAUUCAGAGUGGGUUCUCAUGAAUCCUUCUCCCUAUCCUUCCUGGAUAGAUUUUUUCCACCCUC